AUGGAGGAUCUUAAGAGAGUAGAAGAAGGGUUUGCUCAUGCUCCCGUCGUUGUUAGAGAAAACAUCAACAACGAGAGCAAAAAGGGAACCGGACAACAUGAGGAAAUUAACGACGGAGAAAAACCAGCAACGGUGUUGAAGGAAAAGAGUAAGAGAGUUGCAACUUUGGAUGCAUUUCGAGGUCUAACCAUUGUACUAAUGAUAUUAGUAGAUGACGCUGGAGGAGUAUAUGAACGGAUUGAUCAUUCACCAUGGAAUGGCUGCACCUUGGCUGAUUUCGUUAUGCCGUUCUUUCUCUUCAUUGUUGGUGUCGCAAUUGCCCUUGCUCUCAAGAGGGUUCCAAGUAUGAAGUAUGCAGUGAAAAAAAUAAUCAUAAGAACCCUGAAGAUGUUGUUUUGGGGAAUUUUACUUCAAGGAGGGUAUUCUCAUGCACCAGAUGAAUUGGUUUAUGGAGUUGAUAUGAAGGAAAUUAGAUGGUGUGGCAUCCUUCAGAGAAUAGCGUUGGUGUACAUGUUUGUAGCUCUAAUAGAAACUUUCACGGCGAAACUUAGACCUUUAGUCAUUAAGCCUGGUUAUUUCUCCAUUUUCUCAGCUUACAGAUGGCUUGGAGGGUUCAUCGCGUUUCUUAUUUACAUGAUUACGACGUUCUCAUUAUAUGUUCCUGAUUGGAGUUUUACACUGGGCGAAGGAGAUAAAUCAGAAACUUUUACCGUUAAAUGUGGUAUGAGAGGGCAUCUCGGUCCUGCUUGUAACGCAGUUGGAUAUGUCGAUAGAGAAGUUUGGGGUGUUAAUCAUCUUUACUCAAUGCCUGUGUGGAUUCGAUUAAAGGCCUGCACUCUUGCCUCUCCAGAGGCUGGUGAUCUCCGUCCAGACGCCCCUACUUGGUGUCGAGGUCCCUUUGAACCCGAAGGCUUAUUAAGUUCAAUUUCAGCAAUUCUGUCAGGUGUAAUUGGAAUACACUAUGGACAUGUCCUGCUACACUUCAAGGGGCAUGCAGAGAGGCUGAAGCAAUGGGUUUCAAUGGGGUUUGGCUUAUUGAUCAUAGCAAUUCUUCUUCAUUUUACUGAUGCGAUUCCUAUCAACAAGCAACUAUAUAGUUUCAGCUAUGUUUGUUUUACUGCUGGAGCUGCCGGAAUAGUGUUUUCAGCUUUUUACAUCCUGAUUGAUGUUUGGGGAAAACGUACUCCGUUUUUGCUAUUUGAAUGGAUUGGAAUGAACGCCAUGCUGGUUUUUGUUCUCGGAGCACAAGGCAUUUUAGCAGGGUUCAUAAACGGAUGGUAUUACAAUGGCUCCGACAAUAAUCUGGUUAAUUGGAUCCAAAAUCAUAUCUUCAUUGAUGUCUGGAACUCAGAAAAAUUUGGGACACUUCUAUAUGUGAUAUUUGCAGAGAUUACAUUCUGGGGAGUGCUUUCAGGAAUUUUACACAAACUUCGCAUAUACUGGAAACUUUAA